AUUGGAAUCGUCUGCUUCCUUCCCUCGUGGUCUAUUCAUCAAGCAUUCAUUACUUGUGGCUGUCGGAAAAGACGUGUUGGUCUUCAACUUCAUUACGAUUGAAGCUUAUUACUUAGCUGAAAAGGAUGCCACCUAAAAAACAAAAACAUAAAAAGAGGAAAAAUAAGCCCAAGAAAAACUGGGACGAGCCAGAAGAAAUUAAACGGGCACCUCACUCUAUUGUUGUUUUCCGUGGAAAUGUCGGAAAAUACAUCGAAACAUUGAUGAAGGAUUUCCGACGAGUGAUGGAGCCUAAUACAGCAUCUAGCCUCAAAGCAACAGAAAAGAAUUCCAUUAAGGAUUUCGUGGCAAUUGCUGGCCCACUUCACGUCACUCACUUGGUCAUGUUUUCACGUUCUGAACUGAGCCCCUUCCUUCGAAUCUGUCGUCUUCCCCAUGGUCCAACAUUAACCUUCAAAAUUUUGGAGUAUAGCUUAUCCAAAGAUGUUGUUUCAAUUCAAAAACGACAGAACACGUAUGACAAACAAUAUCUGACUCACCCACUAGUUGUUUUGAACAACUUUGCUGGUGAAGAACUUAAAUUAAAAUUGAUGACAUCCAUGUUCCAAAAUAUGUUUCCCUCAAUCAAUGUGGCUAAGGUGAAAUUGAACACAAUUCGUCGUUGUGUUCUAUUACAUUAUUAUCCUGAGGAUGGAAGCGUGGAAUUUCGUCAUUAUUCUAUCAAGGCGGUGCCUGUUGGUGUUUCCAAAGCUAUCAAAAAGCUUGUUUCAAGUAAUGUACCUAACCUGGGAAAAUUGAACGACAUUUCCGAGUUCAUUGAAAAAUCCGGCCAAUUUUCAGAGAGCGAAGCUGAAGACGAUCCUGUAAGUAAUGUGACUCUACCGCAAAACUUAGCUGGUAGAGGCUCCAAAGCUGGUGCAAAAUCGGCUGUACGUAUGAUUGAACUGGGUCCAAGAAUUCGUAUGGAACUGAUAAAAAUCGAAGAAGGUAUACUUGAUGGUGAAGUUCUUUACCACCAGUUCAUCCAGAAGACUGAGGAAGAAAAGAAAAUAAUUCGGCAACGUAGAGAAACAAGACGGAAAAACGAAGAGAAAGUGCGUAAAAUCCAGGAAGCACAAAGAAAAAAGAAAGAAGAAGUAAAAGAGAAACACAGGGAAAAGUCUAUGGAAGGUAUGAAGCGGAAACAAGACAAAGAAGCUCUCGGAAAGUUUGCUGAAAACGAGGAAGAGGCUGCAGAAGAUGACGACGCGGAAUAUUAUCGAAGUGAAGUCGGACAGGAACCGGAGAAAGAUCUGUUCACUGCACGCGCCAAAAGUGCCAAGUCGUCUCUGUCUGGGCCAGCAGCUAAGAGGGCUAAAAUCGAGAAAAAGAAAAUGGAGAAAAACAGUAAAGGCAAAUCUGGUGAGAAAAGAUCGGCCAAAGAUCCGGGUGAUUCUCGGCGAAAAAAUUUCAAAUCUGGACGAUCUCCAAAAUCAACUGGAAAACCGAAUAGUAAAAUCGGUUUUAAAGGCGCUUCAAAAGUACAGCGGAAACGGUAAUUUUCACGUUCAAGUCCCAAGACGCAAUCCGAAAGAAUUUAAAUGCAUUAAUACACACAGUUUUAAUUGCG